UACCUUCCUUCCUUCCUUCCUCCCCCAGGUGACACCAGACUCUGAAAAUGACUUUGGAAACUAUAACUGCACUGCUGUGAAUCGCAUUGGCCAGGAGUCCUCAGAGUUCAUCCUUGUGCAGGCAGAUACUCCGUCCUCUCCUUCCAUUGACAGAGUGGAGCCCUAUUCCAGUACCGCCCAGGUGGAGUUUGAUGAGCCUGAAGCUACUGGCGGGGUGCCCAUCCUCAAGUACAAAGCAGAGUGGAGGGCCCUGGGCGAGGGAGAAUGGCAUUCCAGGUUGUAUGAUGCAAAAGAAGCCAGUGUGGAGGGCAUGAUCACCAUCACUGGCCUGAAACCUGAGACAACCUACUCGGUGAGACUCUCUGCAGUCAAUGGCAAGGGUGUGGGUGAGAUUAGCCUGCCAUCCGACUUUAAGACACAGCCAGUUCGCAUCCCUCAUUCACAAGGGGAACCCAGUGCGCCCAAACUGGAAGGUCAGAUGGGAGAAGACGGAAACUCCAUCAAAGUGAAUGUUAUCAAGCAGGAUGAUGGAGGCUCCCCAAUUAGACAUUAUCUGAUCAAAUACAAAGCUAAGCAUUCCUCAGAAUGGAAACCGGAGAUCAGGCUUCCCUCUGGCAGCGACCAUGUCAUGCUCAAGUCCCUGGACUGGAAUGCAGAGUACGAGGUUUACGUGAUAGCUGAAAACCAGCAAGGGAAGUCCAAGCCGGCUCACUAUGCUUUCCGAACUUCUGCUCAGCCUACCGUCAUUCCAGCCAGCACUAGCCCCACAUCAGGCCUUGGGACUGCUGCCAUCGUAGGCAUCCUCAUUGUCAUCUUUGUGCUGCUCCUGGUGGCUGUGGAUGUCACCUGUUACUUCCUGAACAAGUGUGGCCUGCUGAUGUGCAUUGCUGUCAACUUAUGUGGGAAAUCUGGCCCAGGAGCCAAGGGCAAAGACAUGGAGGAGGGUAAAGCCGCCUUCUCGAAAGAUGAGUCCAAGGAGCCUAUAGUGGAAGUGCGGACUGAAGAGGAGCGAACCCCCAACCACGAUGGGGGAAAACAUACAGAGCCCAAUGAGACCACACCGCUGACGGAGCCAGAGCCCCCUGCCGAUACCGCAGCUGCUGUUGAGGACAUGCUGCCUUCUGUAACCACGGGCACCACUAACUCUGACACUAUCACUGAAACCUUUGCCACUGCUCAGAACAGUCCCACCAGCGAGACCACUACACUGACUUCCAGUAUUGCCCCGCCAGCAGCAGCCAUUCCUGACUCCACCUCCAUGUCGCCUUGCCAGCCUGCUCCAGCCAAAGGGGCAGCUGCCUCGGCCUCUUCAGCACCGCCCUCCUCUACCCCCAAGGUGGCCCCCCUUGUUGAUCUCAGUGACACCCCGAGCUCUCCUGCGGCUACUAAUAAUUUGUCUUCGAGUGUCCUGGCCAACCAAGGCGCGGUGCUCAGCCCCAGCGCUGUGGCUAGCGUGGCCGAGUCCUCCAAAGUGGCACCUGCUAACAAGUCAGCUGCCCCGACCCAUGCAAACCUCGCUAGCCCUCCAGCCCCAUCAGAGGCCAAGCAGGAGGUCUCAAGCACCAAGAGCCCCGAAAAGGAAGCGGUACAGCCCAGUGCAGUGAAGAGCCCGACAGAGACAGCCAAGAACCCAAGCGACCCGAAGAGCGAAGCUGCUUCAGGCAGCGCAGUCCCCUCCCAGAAGGAGGACUUUAAAAUGGACGAGGGGACCUUCAAGACACCAGACAUUGAUCUUGCAAAGGAUGUUUUUGCAGCUCUUGGCACUACCACUCCUGCCAGUGCGACUGGCGGGCAAGCUCGUGAGCUUGCUUCUUCCACUGCAGACAGCUCUGUACCUGCUGCACCUGCAAAGACCGAGAAAGUCCCAGUAGAAGACAAAUCUGAAGUGCAAGCGACGGAAACUAAGACACCUCCAGCAGAAGUCAAGACGGUUCCCAAUGAAGCGACACAAACAAAUGAAAAUGAGAGCAAAGCAUGAUUAGCAACAGAUGAAAGCAAAUGACAGAACAACAACUUCACCGGAGCAUUUAAAACACAAAACUCACCACACAUCUCAUUCCUCUAGUGUCUUUUGCCUUUUUUAAAAAAACAAAAACAAAAACCAGAAAAUGCAUAUGUGGGGGGUGGGGGAGAGAAUCUCUCUUUCUUUUUCUCUCUUUUUUUUUUUUAAUUUCUAGAAAAGUUCUAUUUGUUGUGCACUUGCUUUUAAGGAGUAACAUAUUUGAAAAACAGGGUUAAACCCACACCGGAAUCAGGGAUCAGCUGACCCAGCAUAUAUUAAAAUAAGCAAAUCUGCAAAUACCAGUUACAGCAUGGUAGGAAGCUCAAAAUCAGCUAGUCUCAGAGAAAAAGAAAG